GUGAGGAGAGGGGGACAGAGGGGCUGAGGAAGCCGGCCUGCGGCUCGACAGAACAGCGGUCCGGCCACAGACCGAGCGGUAAAGAAAUGGCGUGGAACGCUACUUCUGCGGCCAUGCUCGAUGCCUACGUGUACAACAUGACCGACAACAACAACAACACCACCGCCGCCGUCGGCAACUGUGAAGACAUGGUGGCGAACCCGAAGUACAAGCAGUCCCUGCCCAUCGUGGUGCUGCUGAUCGUGGUGUACGUCCUGGUCAUCCUGGCCUGUCUCUGCGGGAACGGGCUGGUCUGUAUCGUGGUGGCGAAGAACAGGAGCAUGCGGACCGUCACCAACUACUUCAUAGCGAACCUCGCCGUGACGGACCUGCUGGUGGGAGUGUUCUGUAUGCCGAUCACGCUCAUAGACAACUUCCAAACAGGUUGGGAGUUCGGUGCCCUGAUGUGUAAGCUGUUGCCGACCGUACAGGGGAUAGCGUACGGCGCCUCAGUCUUCACUCUGGUGGCCAUUGCUGUGGACAGAUACCUAGCCGUGACAGCGCCGAAUGACGGUAAACUGACGGGCAUGUGCACUUUCUGCAUCAUCCUGGUCAUCUGGCUGUCAGCCAUCAUCAUCAUGGCGCCCAUCUCCUUCGCUACCAAAUUCGACAAGAACGACAAGACCUGCUUCGAGUACUGGACCUUUCCUGAUGGACACCGCCUGUACACUCUGGCCCUGUUCGUGAUGUGUUACCUGGCCCCGCUGGUCGCCAUCACGUCCCUGUACAUCCGCAUCGCCGUGCGCCUGUACAACACCAGCGUCCGCUCCAGCGCACACUGCGGGGCCUGGGGCACCACCGGCGCCGCCAGUAAACUAGGAUACAAGGUUCGCGUGUUCAAGAUGCUGGUGGUGGUCGUGGUCAUCUUCACCCUCCUGCACCUGCCCCUGCACACCGUUACCUUCCUGGCCGACUACGGCGACCUCAGCUGCCCCGUCAAGGAGUCCAUCUUCAAGUACGGCUACCCCAUCGCUCAUUGGCUGGCCUUCGUCAACAGCUGCGUCAAUCCGAUCGUCUACGGCUGCAUGAACCGGAACUUCCGCAAGGGGUUCGCGUCUGCGUUCCGCCGGGCCGGCCUACCGUGCUGCACGUUCCGCAGGAUGAACAACCUCCGCAACACCUCCGACAAGAGACGCCGCUCCACCAACCGCACCACGCCCAACGCCGAGAACCAUGAGGAUCCAGCAAAGCUGAAGGGAUCCCCGGACACAGGCGAGAUCGAGCUAGUUGCAGUUCCCAACGAUGUCACGAGGCGGCACAACAGUCACAGGUGCACGGGCACCACCGAGCCAACUGUUGGGGUCGUCAGCUGGAUCAGUCAGGUGUAAAAGGUUUUACACUUGCAUUGAUUACAGCCCUUUAUUGUGAAAAGAGGGGAUAACAGCACGAGUUUGAAAAAAAAUGGUUAUGUAGGUGGCCAGGUGGUAUUGUGGUUAGGGUUGUUGACUCAGAAUCGGAAGGUUCUGGGUUUGAAUCCCUG